AGCUUCACUAGACAUCACUGGCAGCUUCCUGGAUCAACACUGCCCAGUCCAAGACAAUGGCGGACACAAUUCCUGCGAAGCUCAAACGCUUGCAGCUCGCGUCCUUUGCGAAACGAGCUGCGCAGCUUGAGCGCUUCAAACCCAUCGUUAGCUACUGGCUGCGCUUUUACCUAGUCCAAAGGAUUAUUGCCAGUGGCCUCCACUCAGCAGACCAAGCAUGCACCGCCUACACAACCGAACUGAUGGAGAAGCUUGAGCAAGCAAAGGCCGACAACCCCAACGAAGAUGCCUUGCUGGACGACACUGCCGCGAGCGCAUAUUGCGAGCAGUUUGCGCUGCAGACAUUUACCAAGGGAGAGAAGGACAUGUCAGAGAACAGAGCCAACAGCAACACCGCAGAUACACUGCUUGCCGCUUCUACAUUCCUUGAAAUCCUAUCCAUAUGGAAGAAGGACCCCGAGCCAGAGAUUGCUUCGAAGACCAAGUUCGCAAAGUUCCACGCGCUGCGCAUCCUCAAAGCCAUCAAAGCCAACGAAGACCCAAACCUCUCCAACCCCGUACAAGAAACAAAUCAACAACCUUUGUCACCGCCUGCGCUGGAUCCAAGCGACCCAGAAGUCCAGCGCAUAAACCAAAGCGCAUCACUACAGCCGCCUCAGAACCCCUACCAGCCCUACGUCGAAUCCGCACCGAACACUUCCACACAGCCAUCGCCUACCUUUUCCGCACCGCGAGUAUCGCCACCACCUCCCAACCUCCCAUCAGCACCUACAGGGUACACACAAUCGUCGCAUGAUGAUGUUUCCCCUAUAUCGCAAACCACUACGUCCCGUCAUGGCUCAGUGGCCUCAGUAGGUGGUGGAUACUUUCCUCGGAUGGAUCCGCCUCUUCCUACUUUUACAGCAGAAACGACUGCACCUGGUCUACCUACUGCACCGUCGAUGGACAAGGACCCUCUAACAUUAUCUCUACCCCCCAGCUCACAAGCGCCACAAGCACCAGGACUUAUAGACCCCUCAAGCUUCUAUCAAAAUCCAUCGUCUCCACAUAAUCCAUAUCAAACCCCCCCACCCCCAACAUUUUCGCCACCACCUAAAGCUCCCCAAAUUUCGCAACAACCACCAGAUUCCCAGCCAACUGCAGCUCCUCCUCCGCAGCACUGUCAACAUGCCUCGCACUCACCGCAACCAGUGCCACAAAGAGGCGCCGUUGGCGUCUUUCCGCCUCCUACUCAACAACAAAACUCUCCCGCACCUUACCAAAACCCUUACGCUCAACCAGCUGCACCUCCUCCACAGCAAUCAUUACAGGGACCAUUCAGGAACGACGAGGACUCGAUUAUGGAGGCGCAGAAGCAUGCCAAGUGGGCUAUUUCUGCGUUGAAUUUUGAGGAUGCGGAUACCGCUGUUAAGGAACUACGCAUUGCCCUGAGGGCUCUAGGUGCAAAUUAAAGAACGUAUCAUUUAGAAAACAUCUGUAAGGAGAGACAUGUCUCAUAUAUCCUUGCUUGUCUGGGAAGAUUUGUUGUAUACCCUUGAAUCGUACAUAGAAGUAAAGUAUACAGAUUGAAUCGGCGAAUGUCACCGAUUAUGGUUGCAUACAGUUCUGUGGACCACGAAUGACAAAUCUCGACCUAAACAUUAUGAGAGAGACC